AUGCUGUAUUGUCAGCAUUUUCUCCCCUUGGAAAUACGCACUUUUUUCGGAAAUUUGCUUUUGGCUUCAUUUUAAUUUUUCUAUUUUUACUUGAUACUAACAGACAUUCUUCCUAAGUGACUCACAGCUCUUUCUGAAGCAGUGAAGCCCACAGACUUCUCUCUCUCACUCUUGUUUUAUUUUCUUCAAUGAGAAUAUGAUCACGGAAGCGGAACGUUUCGUUUCUUGCAUUUCUCCGGUUUCUCGGCCGCUAGUUUCAGAGAAUAGGGGCUACGCGUUUCAGCUGUUUGGUUGCUGACAAAAUGCUAGGUUAGGGAAGAUGAACGAAGUUUUUAGUGUUUUUUUAUCCUUGCACUUUGAAUGAAAUAAGCAAACAGUUGUGCAGAGCUUAGUUUGAAGUAUUGUCAUUUGAAGUUCUGGAUAUUUUUCUUCGCAACAUUUUCCAGAAUUUUGAUGCCCUUUUGAUUCAAUAUCCACAUACACAUUGGUGUAGUUUACUUUUUUGGAAUACAAAUUUGUACACCAAAAUGGUUCUAGGUGUAAUGGCAAAAAACAGGAAAGGUGCCUCAGUUCAUGUGGAUUAUCUGAUCCACAUCCAGGAGAUUAAGCCUUGGCCUCCAUCUCAGUCUCUGAGAUCUCUCCGUUCAGUACUGAUUCAGUGGGAAAAUGGUGAUCGCAAUUCUGGGUCUACCAACACUGUUGUUCCUUUACUUGGCUCAAUCAUUGGUGAGGGGAAAAUUGAGUUCAUUGAGUCUUUUAGAUUACCUGUGACUUUGAUGAGGGAAAUGUCUAGCAGAGGCAAGGAUGAUGAUUCAUUCCAGAAGAAUUGCAUUGAAUUCAACUUGUGUGAACCUCGAAGGGAUAAGAUCCGGUUGCUGGCAACUGCUGUAAUAGACUUGGCAGAUUAUGGUGUUGUCAAGGAUACGCUUAGUGUAAAUGCUCCAAUGAGCAGUAACAGGAGCUUUAGGAACACGUCUCAGCCAGUUUUAUAUGUUAAAAUCCAGCCAAUUGAUAAGGGUCACACCAGCUCCUCAUCAAAGGACAACCUAUUGAAAGGAGUUUCACAGGACAAGAAUGGCGGUGAAUCAGUUUCAGCAUUGAUGAAUGGAGAAUAUGCUGAGGAAUCUGAGGUUGCCUCCUUCACUGAUGAUGACGCUUCCUCACAUUCAUCUCAAACCAAUGGGGGUUUUCAUCCUCAAAAUGAAAAGUGUGGGCUGGACAGACCAAUAGAAAGUGGAAGGGUAAACGUGGAGCAGCCUAUUGCUUCAAAACCAGGCACUGAAAACCAUAUUGCAUUGCAAGAAAAUCUGGAGGAGUAUUCAUGUUGUUCGUCUUCUGUAGAUUUACCUUCUGAUUUUGGGAGCCCAGUAAAUGCUCAUGCUUCUAAGUCCAACUCUCCUGACUAUAGUUCAAUGUCAAUUCCAGAAAAUGAAGUUGCUCAGCACGUUCAUUCUUCUUCUUCAGCCUUCAAUUAUGCAUGCAAAGAGGAAGAUGCCAACAUCAGCAUGGCAAACAACAGCCAUUAUGAUUUUGUGCAGGAGGUUGAUGAAAAGGUCCCUAGCAGCUCAAUAAAAAUUAGAGUUGAUGCUUACCAGACAAGAGUUGGCGAAAAAACCUUGGGAAGGACUGUAACCUGUGAUGAAGUUUAUAAUAGUUCUGCAGAGGACAUGAAUGGUCAAGUUCUGGAAGAGAAGGGUCAUUUCUCAGAAGAUGAACUGAUUGAUACAUUUUCACAAGAUGCUACUAGAUGUGAAGGCUCACUUGGGACUGAAACACUCUCUUCAAGUGGAGGUGUUGAAAUGAAAGGAAAUAUCCUCAAAAUUGAAAGCUUAAAGCAUGUGAAAUCUGUAAGGUCAUCAUCAGACUCAUCUAGGAGUAAUGGAUUAAUUAGUAGAAACCAACACACUGAAAAGGAAAUUGGUGCCUUGGGAGAUCCACAGAACACUGCAGGAUGCUUUGAAGUUGAUGAAAGAGAAAAUGCUAAGGUUUACCAUGAAAAAGCUACAAGAACAACCUUUUUAAAUGCCAAAAUCCAGCAAUUGGGACACAAAAUAAAUAUGCUUGAGGGAGAACUGAGAGAAGCUGCUGGAAUUGAGGCUGCCCUUUACUCGGUUGUCGCGGAGCACGGAAGUUCGAUGGGUAAGGUACAUGCUCCAGCACGGCGCCUUUCUAGGCUAUAUCUUCAUGCUUGUAAAGAAAGUUCUCGACAAAGGAGAUCUAGUGCAGCUAGAAGUGCUGUUUCAGGACUGGUUCUUGUUGCAAAGGCAUGUGGGAAUGAUGUCCCUAGGUUGACGUUUUGGCUAUCAAAUUCCGUUGUGCUGAGAGCAAUUAUAAGCCAGGAAAUAGGUGACAAAGAGCUGUCACUUUCUGGUAAAAAGAAUGUAGAAAUGACCAGUGGUGGAAAGGAGAACAAGAUGCUGGCAUCUUCGCUAAAAUGGAAGCAGUCAUCUUCCAGCUGGAAGGAAGAUAACAGUGUUAUUUGUGGAGACUUGGGUGAUUGGGAGGAUCCACAUCAAUUUAUAUGUACACUGGAAAAAGUUGAAGAUUGGAUCUUUUCCAGAAUUGUUGAGUCUAUAUGGUGGCAGAGUCUCACCCCACACAUGCAAUCUGCUGCCACAAAAGCAAUUGAUAGAUUCAUUUAUUAUGGCUCAAAGGAAAACCUUGGAAGAACGUCAAGUUCAGGUGAUCAAGAUCAAGAACACUUUUCAUUAGAACUUUGGAAGAUGGCGUUCAAGGAUGCUUGUGAGAGACUUUGUCCACUUAGAGCUGGUGGACACGAGUGUGGCUGUUUGUCUGUGCUGGCCAGACUGGUAAUGGAGCAAUGUGUGGCAAGAUUGGAUGUGGCAAUGUUCAAUGCCAUUCUUCGUGAAUCUGCUGAUGAAAUCCCAACUGAUCCAGUAUCUGACCCUAUCAGUGAUUCAAAGGUUCUUCCUAUUCCAGCUGGUAAAUCAAGCUUUGGGGCUGGAGCACAAUUGAAAAAUGCGAUUGGUAACUGGUCUAGAUGGCUGACCGACUUAUUUGGCAUGGACGAUGACUCACUUAAAGAGGACAAUGACAGGGAUGAUAAUGAUGAGAGACAAGACACAUCCUUCAAAUCUUUCCAUCUGCUUAAUGCAUUGAGUGAUCUCAUGAUGCUUCCCAAGGACAUGCUCUUGAGCAGAUCCAUAAGAAAAGAGGUAUGCCCUACGUUUGGAGCACCAUUGAUCAAAAGGGUUCUUGACAAUUUUGUCACAGAUGAGUUUUGCCCUGACCCUAUUCCUGACAUUGUGCUGGAAGCUCUAGAGUCUGAGGAUCCUUUUGAGGCUGGAGAGGAGACUGUCACAACCAUACCCCAUAUUGCAGCUCCGCCAUUUUAUUUACCACCUUUAGCAGCUUCAGUUGCUGACCUUACUGGAGACUCUGGAAGUCAAUCGCAGCUGAGAAGAAGUGGGUCAGUGCUCAGAAAGUCAUACACCAGCGAUGAUGAGCUUGAUGAAUUGAAUUCACCUUUGGCUUCAAUUUUCCUCAACAGCUCUCAAACUUCACCUGCACCAACAAAGCUGGGCUGGAAAUCAAAGGAACUGGGAAAACAAAAUUCCAUUAGAUAUGAACUUCUUAGGGACGUUUGGAUGCAAUAAUGAACUUCUUAGCGACAUGUAAAUUCCCAAGUACAUAAAACCAGAUGAUGCUUCACCUUUGCAGAUGUGGAGCUCAAACUUAAAAUCCUGCUAGUUGAAGUCUCUAUCUUCCUUGAAAAAUUGGUCUGCCUCAAUAUUGACCAUGUAUGUAUAUUGAAGAACUCCCAUCAUAUAUUUACAACUUAGGUACGACAUAAAGAACAAUAUUGAUGAAAAUUGGUCUAUAACUUUAAUCUCAAGUCAUUAGGUUCAAAAACUGGAGGAGUUAAAAUUAAUUUUUAGCCCCCAAACUAUUAGUCCAAUAGAGUAAUUUUUGCUAGUUUAGCUUAUAUAAGUCUUACAUAAAAACUUGUAUUUUUCGUUCACUCAUAUUUAUAAACCCUCAUAUAAUAUUUAUAAAAUAAUAACUAAGACACAAUUUGCUAUUUUUCUAUUUGUUUUUUUCUGUUCAGCUGCAUCUUACUUAGCCAUGGUUGAAAAUUUUUAAUGAAGAGAAUUUCAAGGUUGAACUUCCACCCCAUUCUCCAUGAAUCUAAAAGAAAAGCGAAUAAAUAAUGGGAAAUUAUUAAUUGUAAUUGAAUAAAUUACUCGUUUCACUAACAUCUGUGUCCCUCUAAUAAUUGUAAAUGAUGAAUUUUAUAUAAAAGGAGUAAUACCUUAAAAUGUAUUUGUAAUUUUAUCAGUAUAUACACAACCGUGCUGUUCUUCCCAGCUCACAGAGGGAAUCCAGCACCAAAAAUAAAAAUAUCACAUGUGGAGUCAAAUAUCAAUCUGGAAUACAGAUAAGAGACCUGAUUGAGAGAUAUAUAUAAACUCAAUGACAAAAAUAAAACAUCUUACUCUCUAUUUGGAAAUAAAACAUCUUAUACUGUGAUUUUAAUAAGAUUU